ACGACGUUACCUUCACAUUGACUACGUUGGCAAAUAACAGAUCGGGUCAAAGAAGGACUGCAAUUUAAUGCUGUUAGGAAAGUUAGUUCACUGCUGACAUUUAUUCCACAAUGCAGCUGAAUAACUGGAAGGCAAUCAGCGGUGUUAUAGUACCUGCAGUUGUUUUAUUCAUUGCUGUUUAUUAUUAUUACUAUUUUAAUAAACACAGCAGCGGAAUCAAUGAAACUAAACACGGUCUCGAUGAGAUUCUAUCUGGUCUUCUCCGGGCUGAAAAAAAAGUUGAUAAUCUUUCAAGGCCUCGAGUGGCACUAGGACUUGGUGGAUGUCUCGACUUGACUGUCGGUGCUUUAGCUUUAUUCCAAAAACUGGGAUUAGUUCCAUCGAACAAUUCUAAUGUUCAUCACGAAUCAAUCAGUUCUUUUGUUGAAUUAGAAGAAUUAUUCACUUAUUUCUUCACCUACGGAGCCGCAGCAGAGCGUUAUGUUCAUAACUCUUCGUUGUUUGAAGCAUUAUGGUCAAAUGCAGACAUUUUAAAGGACAAACAAUGGACUCUCGGUGGCAAUGCACCAGUGAUGGCCAAUCGAUUAUACCAUGAAGGAGCAGAUGUGCUUUUGGGUACAUCAUGGAGUGAAAAAUUGCUUAGUUUGAUUCCAGAAGGAAUCAAAGUUGUUGGUCCUAAACUGUCACAUGAUGAUAUUCACUUAAUUUUGGAAUACAACAAAGGAGAACAAUGGGGAGAGAAAGUUUCACCUCGAGCUAAUCGAUUUAUCAUUCACAAUGAUAAAAGUAACCCUCAACUUACAUCAAUGGAAAUCUUUUCAAAAGAAUUGCUGAAAUUUAAACCUUCAUUGUUAAUUCUUGGUGGCCUUCAAAUGAUGGAUAAUUUUCCUCUUGAACCUGAUCAAAGACAACUUAAGUUAUCAGAACUGGAACAAAUGCUGUUAUCUGUUUCACCUGAAACCAAAAUUCAUUUUGAAUUUGCAUCUUUUUCAAAUUCUGAUCUGUUGAGUGAAAUAAUAAACAAAGUUGUCAUCCACAGUGAUUCACUUGGUAUGAAUGAACAGGAGUUGCCAAAUUUAGUGACUGCUCUUAAUGAUGGCAGUGUCACAUUAAUAUCUGAUGCCUAUCCAAGAAUUGCAACUGUUUUAGAUCAGAUGCGAUUUGUAUACAACCAUCUUCAUAACAGAACUAAUAACAUAAGUAAGCGUAAAGUCACAAGACUGCAUGUACAUACUCUUGCCUUUCAAGCUAUUUUAACUGACAAGUCUUCAACAUGGAAACAUUCAAUGUCAGCUACAGCUAAAGCUGCAUUGACUGCUCACCGUCAUGUUUGUGGAUCAGUUGAUAUCGAUACCUUAAAAGCCAGACUCAUCAUGGAUGAUUCCUUCUCGACAAGUCAAGUGGAGUCUGGUCAACGAAUCCCACUGCAGAAGGACCGUCCUGUCUCAUGCUGGAAUGAAAAUGAUUAUGAAAUAUGUGUUGCCCCUGUUCUUGUCUGCACUCAGAUUCUCAAAACUGUUGGGGGAGGAGAUAAUAUUUCCUCUGCAGGUCUUGUUUUACAGAUUUAAUUUGUACAAAAGAAAGGAUCAAAUGUGAGAAGUGUUCAGCUUCUUGUUAUUUUCAUAUUAAAUUUUUUCUCGGAGUUGAGAAGGUUUAAA